AUGCAAUUGUUGUUGAUUCAAUUAGUUGUGUUUUCUUUGAAUGAUUUUAAGGCCACAUUUGCUGUAAAUGUUCUGGGGCCAAUAUCUCUUACACGGCUGCUGGCAACUUUCAUGCUGAAGAGAGGGAGGGGACAUUUUGUUGUGACGGAGCACAGCGACUACGAUGAUGAUCGAAAAACAACAACUCUGAAGGUCAUCGGCGAUUACUGACAACGAUAAAC